AUGCCAGACUACGCCUCUCGCAAGUUCAUUGAUCUCAUUUUCCAGACGUCAUCUAAGUGGGCUGAUUGGGACCCGCCGGUCCCGAUCAAGGUCGGAAGCUUCGGGAAGAUUGAUAGGCCAACUGGAGUGUUUAUAGCGGACGGGAAUAUAUACGACGAAGCAUUUCAAGAAUCAUUCAAGCAGCAAGGCUUGAUGAUCGAUUUGUCUCAUCCAUCAUGCCAGCCGAUAAUGGGUGCAGUCGAGGAAGACAUGAUUAUGUCCUCGAUGGACGUCAAAAAGAGUGAGAUUUUGAUCACGCCAAAACUCCGCCCUUCCACCUCCUUCAAGGCCGAGUUCCAGUUCCAGGAGGGCAAACGAGGUGCUGUCUUGGUAAUGCGCAAGCCGCAGCAGGAAUAUAUUCCUCAGGGCAGGGUUCUGAGCAUCAUCCACGAGGCGCACCAGUUGAAGGAUAAAUAUAUCGUCAGCAGUAUAUUUACGUGUCCAGGGUAUUAUCUAUACUUGUCCAACAGGUCCGCAGAGAGGGUGACACUGGUGCUUACUGAUAAUACUUCGCUCACAACUCCAAUAGACGUAUCUACUGGCGGAGAAGCUUCAAUCGAUUGGUGGACGGACGCUCAAGCAGCGUUUCUCCGAAAGGCGUUUGACAAAGCUGGACAGUACCGUUACACGCCUCUCUUCGACCUCAAGCGCAGACAACAUUGGUUUAAGCGAAAGUUCCGUGGGCAGAGGUACAAUCAACAGAAGAUAAUAUGUGCGUGGAUUAAAUGUCCACCACCAUGGGAUCCUCUUGAUGAAGACGGAAAAGAAGAUAUCGUGUACGAUGAAGUACGUCAGGGUUUGCUAGUCCUUCGUAUUAAUCUUGACCUAUGA